CCCGAAGCCCCGCCCCGUCGCCCCGCCUGGUGGCUGUAGUUGGUGUGGCUCGUAGGUCUGUGGGAGUCUGUACGAGUAUUGCAACCUUUUUCUCUUCUACAUACAGAUUCUUUUGAAUCAGACUUGAAGUGAUCAGAAAUGAGUGAACCAUCUGAACUUGAUAAUGAAAAAAACAGUUCCACUCAAGAACAUGCAGAUUCAAGUUUUCCUGAGAGAGACAGUCAAAUUGGACAGAAGCAACUGCAACAAGUAGAGCGACAAUUAAAAUCCUUAGCAUUUCAAAACCCAGGACCUCAGGUUGCAGACUUCAAUCCUGAAACCAGAGAGCAGAAAAAGAAGGCCCACAAGUCAAAGAUGAAUGAGUAUUUUUCUGUGAACAAUAGUACCCCAUUUAUCCGGAGGUCAGGCUUACGGAAUCCUCAACCAUCUGGAAUACAGCCAAGAAGCAGGAAAGUGAUGAAGAAAUAUGACAAGAAUGGCCGACUGAUUUGUAAUGGUGUAGACUUAUGUGACUGCCUGGAGAAGAACUGCCUAGGUUGCUUCUAUCCAUGUCCCAAAUGUAACUCAAACAAAUGUGGACCAGAGUGCCGCUGUAAUAGAAAAUGGGUCUAUGAUGAUAUUGUAACUGAGACUGGUGAUGUUAUUAGCACAUUGCCAUUUUUUGUUCCUGACUGAGGUCUUUGUGAGAAGAUUUGUGCUUAAUGGGCAGUUAUUGCCCAAACUUUUUUCAUCUUGUCUUUUCAAAAUGUCUGAUUAAUAUGAAAAAAUAAUUUCAU